GCCAUUCAGUUAUUCCCUAGUACUCAUCGAUCCAUUUAGGGGAAAAGAUCAUAUCGAAGGAAAUUUACAGAAAUUAUUCGGACGAAUAUGAUUGUCAUUAAAGCAAUCACAAUUGGAUUAAUCCUCCUCGCUUCAGAGUCUGUAGCAAAUAUUUGUACCGGUCGUUGGAAUGGAGACCAACUCCCAAACUCUGAAGAUUGUGGUUCAUUUUACGUGUGCAACUUCGGCGAACCGAAGCUUUUCAAAUGUCUAGAUAAUUUAUUGUAUGAUCCUCUCAAGCGUGUUUGUAACUGGGCAUAUUUGGUUACAUGCGGUCAAACAACCGGAAACCAGGAACAUGUUCCAAUUCUACCAAACCCACCAUACUACCCUCAACCACAACCAGAAAUACAUCCAGAAGAUGGAUAUAUUUAUCCUGGUACACCACGACCAACUCAACCACAGUAUUAUCCAACGAAUGCACCAGUGUACACAGCCAAUCCACCGCCAAUAGUUGAUAAUCCAAACGUUCCCAAUUACAGUGAAACAACUGAAUUCUAUCCAGGUUUGGUGGAGUCUAUUCCAAAUGUUUUCCAUUGUACGAAUCCUGAAUUUUACUUUGCCCCACAUCCGCGGAACUGCGAAAAAUAUUUCAUCUGUGAAAAUUACCGAAUUCACAGUCAUCAAUGCGCAGAGGGUAUCCAUUGGGACUAUGUUUUCAAUCAAUGCGAUUUUCCGGUUAGAACAUUCUGUUAUGCUGGGCCGUAUGCGGAAGGGGAUGGAGUGAAUAUUAAUGGGGCAGAACAUAUCGAAUCGCCCGUCGAAGAGCAUGAGAACUUUGAGGAGCAUGAACACGUUGAGGAACACGAACAUGUCGAAGAGCACGUAGAAGAAUCCGUCGAAGAGCACAUCGAAGAGACCGUAAAGGAAUCCGUCGAAGAGCAUUUCGAAGAGGUUGUCGAGGAGCAUGUCGAAGAGCCCGUCGAAGAGCAUUUCGAAGAGGUUGUCGAGGAGCAUGUCGAAGAACCCGUCGAGGAGCAUGUCGAAGAACCCGUCGAAGAGCAUGUCGAAGAGCCCGUCGAUGAAACCGUUGAGCAGCACAUUGAAGAGCUAGUUGAAAUUUCAACUAUUCCUGAUACGGUUGCUCCGACUGAAGCCGAACCAUCCACUGCAGCACCACUUCCAGUUAUUGAAUGUCCCGGAACACAGGCAUUUAUAGCACAUCCGUCUGAUUGUCACAAGUACUACAUAUGUAUUGGAGGCAUUCCAAUUGUAACAUCCUGUCCACGGAAAAUGGCUUGGGACAAAGAGAUGGCACAAUGUAAUGAGGAAGCUUGGAUACAAUGCUUUGGCCUAAACCUCAAUUGAAACAGCACAGAAAAUUUAUUAUACAAAAUACAUUCUACCAAGAUAUGAAGGAAUAUUAUUCGAACGUUAAA